AUGUCUAAGACUGUGUUUAAUUUUAGCGACAAAGUUGUAUUGAUUACCGGUUCCAGCAGUGGUAUGGGUGCCGUCACUGCCAUUGAGUUUGCCAGAGCUGGCGCUCGUGUAGUGAUUACCGGUAGAAAUGCCGAAAAUCUGGCAAAAGUAGCCAAAGAUUGUCAACAGGUUUCACCCACUGGUCUAACACCUCUGGUAGUGGUGGCCGACAUCAACAAAGAGGAUGACUGUCGCAGACUUGUUGCUGAAACUAUUACGGCAUACAAACAGUUAGACAUAUUAGUCAAUAACGCCGGGUUUGCCAUCCGAUCCCAAAUUACUAAUACAGAUAUUCUUGAUAUUUAUGAUAAAGUGCUGAAUACUAAUCUGAAAGCAGUUAUCUAUUUGUGUCACUUAUGUGUCGAACAUUUGGAGAAAACUAAAGGCAAUAUAAUUAACAUUUCAAGCGUUGCCGGCAUUAAACCGUUAGUGGGAAAUCUAUUGUAUUGUACGGCAAAGUCAGCACUUGAUAUGUUUAGUAAGUGUUUGGCAAUUGAAUUGGGACCAAAAGGCAUUAGAGUUAACAUCAUUAAUCCGGCUCUUGUGAGGACAAACUUUCAUCGAGUGGCCGAUCAUUUGACUGCUCAACAGGCGGACGAGUUUUAUGAUAAAUACGGAGAAAAAUAUCCGAUCGGAAGAGUCGGUGAAUCGAUAGACAUCGCAAAUGCUGUACUAUUUUUAUCGUCAAAUGAGGCCUCGUUUGUGACGGGAAUUAAUUUUGUGUCCGACGGCGGGUCUCUCAAUGCAUUGUAA